UUCUCAUUAUAUUUAAAAACUAAAACUAACAUUAUGAAAUAUUUGCAGAGACUGGGUUACACAACAGAGGUACAGAUGAGUGAACUGGGACAACCUAAAGGUCGUGGAAAUGUUAACACAUCUUACAUUGCAGACAAAAACAGGAUGAAAACAAAGGUUGUAUCGGAACAUGUGGAUGAAAUCAUAAAAAAUGAGACGUUUGAACGAACAAUAGGAAACUUUGAUAGUAAUUUCUCCCGUCUCUUACUUGAACUUCUAGAGAAAAUCAUGGAGUUUUCCACCAGUAAUGUCGAAGUUAAACUUCUUAAUAUUCUACAUAGGUUGGAUUUUAAUGGAUUUUACACGGAGAAAUUAGAAGCCCUGUCAGCAGAGAAAGCUGUCCUUGAUACAUCAACUCAUAGUUCUGAGUCAGGGUCCACAGGUUCCUGGCCUACCACAUCAUUCACUACAUCUCGACCUGACAAUGUACGCUAUGUGCCCGGGAAACAUCUUGGUAGAUACGGCUCUUCUUCUAAUUCUGGCUCUACCAGUUGAUAAAUAUAUAAACAUUUGUGUAACUGUAACAUGGUUGAACUAGUGCAAUGGACUUGCUUGAUCUUCUAUGAACUUUGGUUAGGGGGAUGAGUAACUGAUGGUAAAGUUAAGUCUGGCAAGACUUCAUGACCAGGUUCUGUAUUGAUGGCAUAGACUUAUUAUGAUUGGUGCAAGUGCUAAAAGAAAUAAUAUGUAUACGCUUCCUGAUAAAUAAGUCCUGCCAGAAAACAUUUGAUUAUAUGUCAAGCAGUGUUCCAGUGCCAAAUGAGAUCAAAAUAAAUUUCAUCAAUGUGUAUUUAUGGAGGCCAGUAAGAUUGUUUUGACAUUGCUGAUUUAAAUUGAUAAAUUACUGUGUGAUAUAGAUCUGCUUCAACAUAUUGGAUCUGAUAUUUGUCUUAACAGUAAGAAACAAACAAUUUCAGGAUAUUUAAGGUGAACAAUAUGCAGUAUUGUGGAUAAAUGAAUCUUUAUUAAUAUGUUAAUCUAUAAAAAAUUGAAAUAAGGUAUUUUUGUAAUUGGCAGUGAAUGUGUAUUUUUUGCCAAUGAAAUAUAUGACUUUGACAUGUUAUUUAUGCUUUGAAUCUGACUUGAAAUUUGUUCUUUGGACUGCUCAUCAUAUACAUGUAUUAUGGUUUCAACUUAAUGAUCUGAUCCUAAUGCAUUGAUGAUAUUUUAUACAUUCAAAUAAUGAAAUAUUUCUGUUAAAAUGAAACAGUAAGACAUUAUGUAGAUUCAAAAUGUAGUAUUGCUAUAAUUUUAUACAUGAUGUAUUUAUGAUGUACAUACAUGUAUAUGUAGUUCUUGUACAUAAAUAUAUAUAGCUUUGAGAUAUUCUGUGAUAAUAAAAUUGAGAAUUU